CUUUUCAUUGUAUAGAUCCGGAUGUCAGUGAAAGUGUUUUCACGUAGUGGUUAGAAAGUGAAAGUGGCGUGACCGGCGCUGUGAUAACCCCCAUGUGGAUCCCCCAGCAGUCAGGAUUCGAACUCGCGGUUUGGGACCUCGCAGGCUGACAAUGCCAAUGAACCGGAGUUGUUGCGCGUGUUUUACGGGGUGUCACCGCGGCAUGCUGCCGUGCUGGGCGGCGUGAGGCUCGCCCGGGACCGAGGGAUGUACGGGGCGGUGCUGGUGCUGAUGCUGGCCGUGGGGGCGGCCGGCAGCCGGCUGGGUGCGAUGUUGGAGCCAAUAUACUGGAAUUCUUCUAACCCACUGUUGUCAGGAUGGGGAUACUCCAUUACAGUAGAGCUGGAUGAUAAGGUGGACAUCGUGUGUCCGAGGGCCUUCAACAGGAGCAGGCAGGACCCACAGUACAACACACUGUACCAGGUACAGGAGGAAGGUUACGUCCAUUGCGAUGCCUCCCAGGGGAAGAUGUUACUAAGAUGUGAUAAACCAUUCCAGGACAACAGGUUCACCAUGCUGUUCCAGGAAUUCAGCCCCUCCCCCUUUGGUCUGGAGUUCAAACCAGGAAGGGACUACUACUACAUAUCAACCUCUACAUCUGAACUGGGAGGUCUGGACAACAAAGUGGGAGGGAACUGCCGCAACGGCAUGAGACUCAAGAUUACAGUCAAUCAACAAACAAACAUCAUUCCUCCAGUGGAGAACACGUCAGAGUCCAGUCACUACGUGGUGGACCUCACACCAAACUCCAUACCUAGAGAAGACACACCUGAUCCAGGCGGAGGGGGGAGCAGCACGCAGGCCAACAGUCCUAACAACGAGCUUCUGCCUCCACCCGACGCCAGCGCUGGAACGAGGUUAAGACUACACGUGACAGCAGCGGCAAUUUUCACCAGUGUUCAACUUAUUUUGUGCUUAUAGCUCAGUUCAAAGAUGUGAAUAGUUUAUUCAGACAAUGAAUAUAAGCUUCUGAAACGUCCUCAAAGGGCAACUAAAAUGGCUUUGAAUGUAGAAAGUUAUUCAGCUAUGAUUAUGAAGUAUCAAGCUUUUCAUGUGGUGUCUUAUAAAAAAAGAUUUUUUUCUGCACUUUUGGAAAGAAAGUAUAAAACUGGCAGUGGUCUUAGCAUAGAUGGAAAAUGUGCCAAUUUGUAGUAUAUUGACAGAACUGAGAUUCUUUGCACAACUUUAUCGUAACUUACUAACUUAAAGGUCAUGGGAGCUUUUGAAAAAGUUUUCAGUAUAAUGUGUGGGGAAGUGUUGUGGCCUUUGGCAUAUAGAGACUGUGUGACUGUCAAGCUGUUUCAGUACAAUGGACAGAAACAGUUGUUUCAGUGCUGUGGACAGCUGUAAUAUCUGUUUCAGUAUGGUGGGCAGCUCUAAAUUCUGAUCCAGUACACUGGGCAUCUCCAGCCGCUGCUUCAGUGCAGUGGACAGCUGUAUUAUAGCAUUUUCAGUACCAUGGAGAUCUCCAAUAG